GCGGGUCAGGUGCUCUGCGCGGAGGCUGCUGGCAGGUGAGCGGCUGCGGGUUCAGGGGGCUCCCCCUCGUUCCUCCCGCCACCUCCCGGCUGUGACUCGGUCUACCAGAGGGAGCCUCCUCCAGGCCCUCGCUCCUAUUGUCCCCACCCGAUGCGGACAGACCGGAUCGCUUCGAGGAUUACCUUACACUGAACUGAUCCAGUACCAUGAAAAUGACUUCAAAGCUUCUCUCGGCAUCUUUUGCACUCGCUGCACUAACUCUUUCAACUACAUUUUCUCUCCAACCAGACCAGCAAAAGGUCUUGCUAGUUUCAUUUGAUGGAUUCCGUUGGGAUUACUUAUUUAAAGUUCCAACACCCCAUUUUCAUUACAUUAUGAAAUACGGUGUUCAUGUGAAGCAAGUUACUAAUAUUUUUAUUACAAAGACCUACCCUAACCAUUAUACUUUGGUCACUGGCCUCUUUGCAGAGAAUCAUGGAAUUGUUGCAAAUGACAUGUUUGAUCCUAUUCUGAACAAAUCUUUCUCCUUGGAUCACAUGAAUAUCUAUGAUCCCAAGUUUUGGGAAGAAGCAACACCAAUAUGGAUCACAAAUCAGAGGGCAGGACAUGCUAGUGGUGCAGCCAUGUGGCCUGGAGCAGAUGUAAAGAUCCAUAAGAGCUUUCCAACUUACUACAUGCCUUACAAUGAGUCCGUCUCAUUUGAAGAGAGAGUUGCCAAAAUUAUUGAAUGGUUUACAUCAAAAGAGCCCAUAAAUCUUGGUCUUCUCUAUUGGGAAGACCCAGAUGACAUGGGCCACCAUUUGGGACCUGACAGUCCACUCAUGGGGCCUGUCAUUUCAGAUAUUGACCACAAGUUAGGAUAUCUCAUACAGAUGCUUAAAAAGGCAAAGUUGUGGAAUGUUGUGAACCUAAUCAUCACAAGUGAUCAUGGAAUGACCCAGUGUUCUAAGGAAAGGGUAAUAGAACUUGACCAGUAUCUGGAUAAAGAUCAGUAUACCCUGGUUGACCAAUCUCCAGUAGCUGCCAUCUUGCCAAAAGAAGGUAAAUUUAAUGAAGUCUAUGAAACACUGGCUCAUGCUCAUCCGAAUCUUACUGUUUACAAAAAAGAGGAGAUUCCAGAGAGAUGGCACUACAAAUACAACGAUCGAAUUCAACCAAUCAUAGCAGUGGCUGACGAAGGGUGGUAUAUUUUACAGAAUAAGUCAGAUGACUUUCUGUUAGGCAACCAUGGUUAUGAUAAUGCAUUAGCAGAAAUGCAUCCAAUAUUUUUAGCCCACGGUCCUGCCUUCAGAAAGAAUUUCACAAAAGAAGCCAUGAACUCCACAGAUCUGUACCCACUGCUGUGCCAUCUCCUCAAUAUCACCGCUAUGCCACACAAUGGAUCAUUAAGGAAUGUCCAGGAUCUGCUCAAUUCAGCAUCUCCAAAAGCAAUUCCUUAUACACAGAGUACCACACUCCUCUUUGGUAAUGACCAACUAGGAGAAUAUGAGCAAGAGGAGUCAUACCCUUAUUUCAUAGGGGUAUCUCUUGGCAGCAUGAUAGUGAUUGUAUUUUUUGUAAUUUUCAUUAAACAUUUAAUUCAUAGUCAAGUACCUGCCUUACAAGAUAUGCAGGCUGAAAUUGCUCAACCAUUAUUACAAGCUUAAUGCUUCUUUGAAAUGGAAUUGCAUAUCGAAGUGGAGAUUGCAUAAUUAUGUCAUUGUUUAAAAGUUUCAAAUUCUAGGAAACCAGUUUCAGACAUCUGCAGAGGCCAUCAAGCAGUUAAUACAUGUUUAUGCACAGUCACGUAGACAUGCACACACACAAACCAAAAUACUUACACCUGCAAAGGAGUAAAGAUGCGAGAGUACUUCUCCAUUGUCCUCUUAGGGAUAGAUGAGAUCUGGCUUUAUUUGGACUUGGCACAUAUAAUGUAUAUAUUUAGCAACUUUGCACUAUUUAAAGUACCUUGUACAUUGCACUUUAAAUUACUCUCCUAGUGGGUACUUUUCUUUGAAAUGCACUUUACAGACAACUGUCUUAUAACUUGAUUGACAAUUACAACUUUUUUACCCAAUCACAGAAUACAUGCUUUUCAUGUUCAAAGUGAGAUAAAUUUCUAGUAAUUCCUGAAUAAUGUAGAAAUCUAUAAAUCUAUCUCCUUAAAUUGGGAAAACAAGAAGAAAGUUGAAAACUUGAAAAUUAAAUGUAACAAACUUUGUACCUUGAAUUUUGGAGAGAUACAUUCCCAACAGCAGGUUGCAUCUGUGGGCGUUUCUUGUUAUGUUUCUUUCCAAAGGACAUAGGUUUUCAUUCUUUUUUUUUUUUCCUUCCAUACAGAUUCAAAUACUGACAUGCAUUCUAAACAUAAUUGUUUCUGUCAUAAAUUAUUGCUAGUUCCUGAUUAGUCACAGCACUCUGACUUUAUAAUAAUGAAAACACCAUGAAUAUAGGUUUCUUUUCUAUAUAAUCCAGCAGUGGCCUGAAGAGCAGAGAUCAGGUACCAUCUCUGCAGUGUUUUCUCUUGUCUGUAAUUAUUUGCUUCUUUGAAAACUAAAUCAUUAUUAAUCACAUUAAAAAU